AUGUCAAAAAACAAUAGAUUGUUUAAUCAAAAAGAUUCAAUGUCCGAUCCAGACUUGUUCCGAUUGGAAGAUCCAUUCAUGACAGAUGAAUCAAUACCACGGGAAAUGAGUGAGACAAACGUGUCACAAAGCAAACAAGAUCAGACCGCCCAUAAUCAAAAUAAUCAGAAUUAUAAAUACUUAGGUACUAUAGAUGAUGAAAAAUUAAAUACCUCGGCUGAGCAUUUCAAAUUUAGUGAUGCUUUACAUAUAUUCAAUGUUCGCUUGAACGAAAACAAAGGUGUCAAGGAAAAAUCCAUGAAUGAAGAAGUAGAACAAAAAUCAAAUGCUGAUGAUUUUAUUAAUUUUUUAUGGUAA